UGGCUGGAGCGAUGGCGGUCACCAAGGAGGAGAAGUUUGAAGGAGGCAGACAGGCAUCGGGGGCCACAACCCCGCCGGAAGGUGGCUGGGGCUGGAUGAUCGUCGCUAGCUGUUUCCUCGCCACCAUCUGCAUCCGGGCAGUGACCAGAUGUGUUUCCAUGUUCUUUGUGGAGUUCCAGCUGCACUUCGAGAAGGAUUAUUCCUCCACCGCAUGGAUUCACAGUCUGAUCGACUCGACCACCAUGCUUUGUGCUCCUCUGGGUGGUUUCCUUGGGAACCAUCUCUCCUGCAGAGGUACAGUGAUCCUCGGGGGUCUGCUGUCUUCUACUGGUCUGGUCCUCAGCUCCUUCGCUUCCAGUCUUGAACAUCUAUACGUCUCCCUGGGCAUCGUGACAGGUCUUGGCUUUGCUCUUAGCUACACACCAGCCAUAGCGAUGGUUGGAAGGUACUUCAAUGAGAGGAAAGCUCUGGCCUAUGGCAUCGCCCUGUCUGGUACUGGCAUUGGGACCUUCAUCCUGGCUCCUGCAGUCCAACUGCUUAUAGAGUAUUACUCCUGGAGAGGAGCUUUGCUCGUCCUGGGAGGAUUUGUUUCCAACCUGUGUGUCUGUGGUGCUCUGAUGAGGCCGCUGGAACCAAAGGGAGGUAAAAGGAUGUUGGAGAAAGAUAUGGCAAACCUGGAGAAAGACUGCAUCACAGUUAACACCAAAACUUUGUCCAGAUGUCACAGUGUUUGUCUCGAGUUCAGGGAGGAGUUUGGAUUUCUCAUGUUACCCGACUUCUUGAUUCUGUCGGUGUCCCUCCUGUUUCUGGCAUAUGGCUGCAGCGCUCCAUUGGUUUACCUGGUUCCUUACAGCCUCAGUGUGGGAGUGGGGCACCAGCAGGCUGCCUUCCUAAUGUCUAUAUUUGGAGUUAGCGGNNAUGCAAGCCCAAUACUGAUAAAUCUCCUUUCCUCCAGGUGUCUGAAGAAGUAUCGCAUGCUGAGCUACAUUGUGGCAAUAGGCCUGGAGGGGCUCUGCUGUAUGUUUAUCCCCCUCCUUCACUCCUUCUCCCUCCUGGUCCCAUUUUCCAUAUUCUACGGGUACUUUGACGGGGCGUAUGUUGCGCUCAUCCCAGUGGUGACCUCUGAUGUGGUUGGCUCCACCUACCUGACCUCCGCUCUGGGUGUGGUCUACUUCCUACAUGCUAUCCCCUACCUGGUCAGCCCACCAAUAGGAGGUUGGUUAGUUGACAGUACAGGAAAUUACACAGCCACCUUCUUCCUCAGCGGGGCUUCCUUCAUGUUCAGCUCUGUGGUUCUAGCAUCUGCCCUGUUAGUCAGACGCUGCCAGAGGUCCAAGUCUAACUCAACUGCACAUUUAAGUCCCAAUCACAUUACUCCUGCUGCAUCUCAGCAGGGCAUCAUAUGACAGUGCCACUCAAGAUGCCGCUCCUCCAUCUGCACAGAAGUGCACCUCCCCAUGAUGUGCAUCAUACGACGCCUAUCUGUUUUGAACUUAAGAUUCAGAGUUCAGGCUCAACAAGAGCCGUGCCCAGAAGAACCUGUGCUGUUUUAUUUUUAAGGAAGCAAUGUUGUGACUUUGAGAUGCACAGAUUAAGUUAUAAUGACUUGUUAUUUCUGUUGUUUAAUGUGGAUAUUUUGUUUUCUAAAACCAAAAUGCUUUCUUACUUAAAGGGCCAGUGUUUAAUAUUUAGGAGAAUUAUUUGGCAGAAAUGCAAUUUAAUAUUCACAUUUAUGUUUUCAAUAAUGUAUAAUCACUUUACAUUGGCCAUUUUUUACUAAGCCAUUAGAUGGGGGGGCAGAGAAAACUCAAAGGAUAAUUUAAGAAAUUGACUGAUAAAAAAAUCCAACUGGAAUUGCCUGUUACAGUGUCUUUUUGUAACUGUUUAGUUAGUUGCACCCUGUAGUUAAAUCCUGUAGGACCGUCAGAAACAAAAAGCCACAUUUGCAUGGCGGUGUCCGGGUUUGUGCUGUAUUAAUGAAUACAGUAGUAGUGACACGUAACCUGGAAAAUGUCUUUAUUCACCAACUUACAACACAAACCACCUUUCUAAGACACGUGUGAGAGAUGCGUAAUGGAUAAAAAUAACCCAAGAAAUAAAAGAUGACUUGAAUGAGCCCAUUAAUGGCCUGUUUGAGUCAUGCUCCUAAGGAUCUCUGAAAAAAAAUUCCUCUUUCCAUAUUGUGAAUAAUAAAUGUGUAUAAUUUUGACUUAUUGUAAUAAUUAUUUGACCUACUUUUACAUUUUUCAUCACAUCCUGUCCGACCAAAUUAUCGUACAUAUCAUUGAUGGGGUCUUAGAUUUUCUUCAAUGAUUUUAGUUCAUGUAGAAGGGUCUCUACCACCCCACAUACAUAGCAGUAGACUCAGUCAUUUAGGCAAUGUGCGCAGUGUAUGUCCCGCCUAAGGACAGCGCAACGUGGAACAGUGGACUCGCUGCUCACACCAGGUGGAUUCACACAUUGGACGCGCUGAUUUUUUCUUCAGUUCAAAUUCUUUACCAUCACUGAUGGUUCACCAAGACUUGGAGUAGAAGAGCACCACGUCUGUGAGGACAUGGACAUGGUAAUUUAACUAUGCUUUUAAUAUAUGCUUUAUUUUUACAGUUACCUUGCCUGUAAAAUUAUACUGGUCCGAUGUAACGUAGUUAAUGGCUUUAUUUGCUGUCUGUGCUGAAAGUGUCAUUAUGGCAAGCCAAGUUAGCUCUCCUUACAGGACACUGUUUUUUUAUUGCAGCCAAUGGAGCUCCCUCUACUGGCUUUUACAUAGAAUGC